CCCCUUAAUGAUUAUGGGUUGGCGAUCAUCAUAGGAUCACGUGGCCGUGACAUCUAUGUUGAAGUUAUUGUUUUGACUCUGCAUACUGACUAAUGAUAUAAUCGAUACGCUAUCGGAUGAGUCAUCCGGAACAAUUAGCCGUUAGUAACUUGUUCAGGGUUAUUCCACGAUUGGUGAUACUGUGGUUUGAACACAGUACCUUGUGAAUAUGUGUCGAAUAACAUAUCCACUCAACCACGGCGGCUCAGUUCAAUGAUAUAUUACUAAAAUUGAACAUUGAUCGACCUCUGACGUUUAAUAAUUAUACGAAUUACCGUGAAAAAGUUAUUAAUUCACCUGUAAAAGAAAAAAUACCAAUUGAUUAUGGAAAGAAAAUGUUUGUUCAUUUUACUUGUUGUUCAAGUAUGAAAACAUUUCCUUCAAAAUUGCAUGCUCUUUGGUAUGAAUACUUUGGUCAAUCUCCAAUCAAUGAAAUUAUACCUGUUCUUGGUACACGUAACGUCAAAAAUUUACAACGACGUUUGACACAUACAAGAUCAAUAGAUACUGACAAUUAA